AACAUUGAAAUAGGUGCACUCCACCACACAAAUACAGAUAUCUGACAUCCUUCUCUCUCUCCAAAUGAAAUGUCCACAUCUCAAAUGAAAACAAAUCCGUCAUCCUACAAUAUCGCGAAGCGCAGGAAAGGAUUCCUACGCCUUUAAGAGUGCGCUUGCGUAAAUUUUGGGGACUCAAGCAAAGAAAUCACUGUUAGUAGCCAGUAUCCAAUUUCUAAUGUGAUGAAUAUACAAAUAUGACAAUAUGGUAAAUACUUUAAAAUCAUUGAACAGCCAAUUCCCCAAUGGACACUUGAGUUAUUGUGAGCAUACAUGAUUGCUCAGCAAUAAUACUGUUUUGGAGCGAGAGUAUAUGAAUGUAAACAUCGGAUGGACGGGGAUGGAAGUGCACGGUGAUUUAUGAUUUGAAAGCGGCCUUUUUCACCAAAACCGGUGGGAAAACGGACAGGAACUACUCCAAGCUAUCGAGAAGAAGAAGAGAGGUUCUCGGCUUUUGCUGCUUUGGCCUCUUUGCCCCGCCUGUCCCGUCACCGUGAGCUUUCCCACCAUGUUGCAAAUAAUGAUCGUACCACCAUUUAACUAGGCGUUUGAGGUGCUCGUUCCAUGUUUUUCGGGAAAUUCCACCAAGAUGUCGGGCCCUUGUCACGUCGCCGCAUACUAACGCGGCGCCGAUCGCCUCAGAUGCAGUCGGCUUCGGCGGAGGUGGGCAGCAGCGGCGACUCGGUGGUGCAGGUGUGCUUCCCGAGCGCCCGGGCCUCGGUGCUGGACGGCCUGAACCGGCAGAGGGAGGACGGUCGCCUGUGUGACCUCGCCAUCCAUGUCCAAGGUCACGUGUUCAAGGCCCACCGCUGCGUCCUGGCCGCCUCCUCGCCGUACUUCCACGACCAGGUCCUGCUGAAGAACAUGUCCUGCGUGUCCAUCCCGGCCGUGAUGGACCCGCUGGCGUUCGAGAGCGUGCUGCGCUGCGCCUACACGGGCCAGCUAAGGAUGCUGCGCGAGGACAUCGUCAACUACCUGACGGUGGGCAGCGUCCUGCAGAUGUGGCACAUCGUGGACAAAUGCACCGAGCUCCUCAAGGAGGGCAGAGCUGCGGGGGCAGGCGCUAGCGGCGGCGGCGGCGGCGGCUCGGCUAACGGCGGCGGCGGCGCUCUCGCUCGGAUCGGAUCGGGCUCGGCCGGCGGGGUCCCAGGACCCCCGCGAGCGAGCCGGCCGUCGGCCGGCGAGAGCCAGUCUCCCAGCAGCACGAACUACUUCAGCCCCGGAGCGGCCGCGGCCUCGGCGGGCGGGGGCGGAGCGGCCGGCUACUGCGCGCCGUCCGGAGAGGAGGCCUUCAUGAUAGAAAGGGGGGGGGGGGAGGAUGAGGAAGAGGAGGAGGAGCACCAGCUCCAACAAAAGAGGAGAGGAGGAGGAGGAGGAAGGAGGAAGAAAACCAACUCGGCGUCAGAGGAGGAAGUCGGCGUCAGUGACAGCUUUGGCGUUUCCUCGUAUCAGGACGGCGAGGACGCGUCCCCGCGCAGGCGCCCCGCCUACGUCCAGCCCGGCGUCACGCCCCGCAAGCAGUGGGUGGUGGUCAAAGCCGAGCGGGCCGAGGACCACGACCUCAUCGUGGUGUCGGGCGAGGAAGGCGGCGGGGCGGAGGAAGAGGAGGAGGAGGAGGAGGAGGAGGAGGAGGACGGCGACGACGAGCUCGACGAGAGGGAGACGGCGUCCGGCCGGGGGAGGGACGGCGGCGAAUUUGCCAUCUCGCACGUGCGGACGCUGUCGGCGGAGGCCGCGGGGCGAGGAGAAGCCGACGCGCAGAUGGACUACUGCCAGUCUUCGGAGGACUUCCUCAAGUUGGACGGCGGCCUGCUGGACGCGGCCUUAGCUCAGCAAAUCCAGGACACGGCGGCGGGUCCGAUUCCGAGCCAGGGCGCCGCCGGAGCCGCGUCGGGGCUGCCGGGUCCGGUCCCGACCCGUGCCCAGCUCUUCCCUCUGGAAAUGCAGGGCAACCAGAUCCUGGUCUACGGACAAACGUCUGCGUUCUCGAUGGACGCCGCGCCGCCUCCUCUGAGCGGGAUAAUCGGCGGUGGCGCUUUGAAAAGAACAGAGCAUGGCCCCGCGGUCCCGGGAGGCGAAGGCGGGGUCGGCGGCGGUUCCGGCAAAGUGUUCAUGUGCCACUGCGGGAAGACAUUCACGCACAAGAGCAUGAGGGACCGCCACGUCAACAUGCACCUGGACCUGAGACCCUUUCACUGCCCCGUGUGCGCCAAGAAGUUCAAGAUGAAGCAUCACCUGACCGAGCACAUGAAGACGCACACGGGCCUCAAGCCGUACCGCUGCGCCGGCUGCGGCCGCAAGUUCAUGUGGCGAGACAGCUUCAUGAGGCACCGAUCGCACUGCGAACGUCGAGCAGGGGGCGGCCAAGACGCCGCCGACGUCCUUCCCGGCCCUCACUUCCUCCUCCCGCCGGGCGAGGGAGGUCUGCGGGGAGGCGCGGCCUCCUCGCGCCUCCACCACGCAUCUACAGGCGCGCCGUCGGCGAGCGGCGUGUCGGCGCUUCAAGCGGCGGGAAUGUUUGGCAGCCUGCCGUUAGAACACGGCAUCUGCUCUGAUCUCACUAACGACAGCUAACACCGGUUAGUGACUGCAGACGACCGUGAGUGAAUGCUUUUGACCGCUAAUGACUGCUAACCAUUGAUAACGACAGCUAAUGGCCACAAGUGACCACUAGCGACCGCUAACAACCUCUAGUGACUGCUAACAACUGGCAGUGACCGCUAAUGAUAGCGACCACUAAAGACAGCUAACGGUCGCAAGUGACAGCUUACAACCGCUAAUGGCAGCUAACAACCACUAGUGACUGUUAGCGACUGGUAGUGACCGCUAAUGACAAUUAGCAGCCAUUAAGGACAACUAACGACCUAUAAUGACUGAUAAUAGCAGUUAGUGACUGCUAACAACAGCUAAUGACGGCUAACGAAAGCUAGUGACUGCUAACAAUCACUAGCAAUGGCUAACGAGGGCUAGUUAUUGAUCAUGACAGCUAGUGACCGUGAACAACCACUAACGGUAGCUAAUAACCACUAACAACCGUGGGGGACCGAUAAUGAUAGCUAACCGCUAAUGAGCUCUCAUGACCGCUAACAAUGGCUAAAAACCGCCAGCAGCUGUUACAACUGGGACACGAGUAGACAAAACCUGAAGGUCUACGAAGAGAAAGCGUAUCACAGCGCCACCUAAUGGUGGGUGCUGUCACAUGUUGCCACGCUCCUACUCACGGGGGCGCUCUUUCACGCCCGCCAGUCACCUUUGACCUUCAUGUCUUCUUCAUUCGAGGCCGCAGGGAAACCGGGCUACCCAAUGCAGGUCACGUCCACGCCAACAGGGAGAUUUAUUUAGUUCUUUCGUUUUGCGCACAAAUGUCCUUAUUUUAAAAAUCACUCGCCCGUCACAUUUCAUGUACAAGCCCAAUUCCAAUGAACAUAAAUCAAAACAGAAUACCAUGAUUUGCAAAUCAUGUUCAACCUAUAUUUAACUGAAUACACUACAAAGACAAGAUAUUUCAUGUUCAAACUGAUCAACUUGAUAGUUUUUAGCAAAUAAUCAUGAACUUGGAAUUUUAUGGCUGCAACACGUUCCAAAAAAGCUGGGACAGGGUCAUGUUUACCACUGUGUUACAUCACCUUUUCUUUGAACAACAUUUGGGAACGGAGGACACUCAUUGAUGAAGCUUUGCAGGUGUAAUUCUUUCCCAUUCUUGCUCGAUGUACAGCUUCAGCCGUUCAGCAGUCCAGGGUCUCCGUUGUCGUAUUUUACGCUUCAUAAUGCGCCACACAUUUUCAAUGGGAUGGACAGGUCUGGAGUGCAGCCAGGCCAGUCUAUUAGUCUUUUACUGCGAAGCCACGCUGUUGUAACACGUGCAGAAUGUGGUUUGGCAUUGUCUUGCUGAAAUAAGCAGGGGCGUCCAUGAAAAAGAUGUUGCUUGGAUGGCGGCAUAUGUUUGUCCAAAACCUGUAUGUACCGGUCAGCAUGAAUGGUGCCUUCACAGACGUGUAGGUUACCCAUGCCAUUGGCACUAACACAGCCCCAUACCAUCACAGAUGCUGGCUUUUGAACUUUGCGUCCGUAACGGUCCGGAUGGUUCUUUUCCUCUUUGGCCUGGAGGUCACGACGUCCACAAUUCAGGGAAGCUCCUUUUCUAGCCAAUCAUGGCACCCACCUGUUCCCAAUUGGCCUGUUCACCUGCGGGAUGUUCCAAACAGCUGUUUGAUGAGCAUUCCUCAACUUUCUCACUCUUUUUCUUUUUUUUUUUCCACCUGUCCCAUCUUUUUGGGAACGUGUUGCUGCCAUCAAAUUCGAAGUUCAUGAUUAUUUGCUCAAAACAAUCAAGUUGAUCAGUUUGAACAUGAAGCAUCUUGUCUUUGUAGUGGAUUCAAUGAAAUAUAGCUUGAACGUGAUUUGCAAAUCAUUGUAUUCUGUUUUGAUUUAUGUUUACACACAACGUCCCGACUUCAUUGGAAUUGGGAUUGUACAUCCAAGAAUAAUUUUAACAUAAUUACAUCUAAAUGAAUGCUUUCAAACAAUGUACAUGUAGGAGUUAAGUGAUUUUAAACAUUAUGUACAUGUCCAAAUGAUAUUAGGCAUAAUGUACAUCAAAUAAAUGAUUUUAAAUAACGUACACGUCAGAAUAAUACUAAAAGAAAUAACUAUAAUGUAAAUUUCGGAAUAAGGGUGAGCAAGUAGGCUGAUGUUUUUCCAGGUUUUUGAUUGGACAAAAUGAAGAAAAGCUUUUUCACGUGGCAGCGCGAGCGGGCGACGUUGCGUCCGUCUGCGAGUCGCCGGCGUCGGGCCGUCGUGUUUUCCUGACAGCUUGCUCACGUUUUUUAAUUGACAUCUUCUCUGACCUUUGUCGGACUUUUACCGAAUGUGCGACCUUCGGGUUCGGACGUUAAUCUGCCUGGCAACGUAAAAAAAAAGAGGUGCAAUACUGGGAGCUGGGCAUUUACUUUUUGUUAGCAGUCCUGUCAAAUUUUGUCUUCUUUUUUUCUUAAUUUGGUCUAUAAAAAUGUAUUUAUUCCAUUUUAUUUAUUUUGUAUUUAUUCAUUGAAUUAAAUAUUUAGUGUAAUUAGAAUUAGUUUUGUUGUAAAUAAACUAUUUGUUGCAUUUAGGUUAAUUAAAAUGUUAUUCAUUUAUAUAUAUUUUGAUACAAGUAACAUUACUUGGUUGAUUUAUUGUAACUAAUAAACUGAAUGUCAUUAGGAAAGAAAAAAACAUUCUAAAUGCACAUUUAAUUUUGGGAUUAAAUGGGUCAAUUGCUUAUAAUCCAAUUAAAUACUAAGCAUGAACUAUUUUGUUAUUCAAAUGAGCUUUUCCAUAUUUGACGUGCGGCACAGUGUGCGACUGGUUAGAAAAUCCGCCUCACAGUUCUGAGGUUGCGAGUUGAAAUGCCCUCUAGGGGGCGCUCUGGCCCGGACGCUGCUAAAAGCGCACGUCCUGAUAGAUCAACGAGCAAGCAAUGAGUCAAGUCUUUGAGAAGCACACUUUUCUUUUAACAAAACCAGCAAACAAAGCAAACAAAAGCAUAUUAGUAAGAGUGAGUUGUGUGCGCAUACUGUACUGUACGUACAGCGGCCAUCUUCAAACAGCAAGGUCUUUUCUACUGAUGAUAAAUAAAGACGGAAGAUGUAUUA